CGUUGGAGUCACAAACAUUAUUGGAGUCAUACUUUUAGAGGGAACUCAUAAUAUACAAUAUCAACGUCAAAGCAUAAUGUCAUUGGCAUCAAAGUGGAAUUUACUUUGUUUGUGUUUUAUCGUCCUGAUUUUCGUGCUAGUUUAUGGCUUUCUGCAUUUCAAGUUGGAAUUUAUUGGUGAUCCAAGAACAUCUCUACAUGAAUUUUUUUCUCGAGCGUUCCGUGGAGAAGAAAACACAAACUGUUCACUUGAUUUCUCCAAUCAAUGGUCACGGAUACACAAAGCUCGCACAGACUGGCAGAGCAUUUUAAAACCAUGCAAGGACCAGUUAAUAUGGGGCACGCACAAAUCUGGUUGGGGUGAAUUUAAUCGAAGCUCUGGAAAAAAUAGUUCAAUUGGUUAUAUGGACAUUCGACCUUCUGGACAGUUUUCACGAAUUUUCAUAGAAAGUCGAAAUGCAAAUGGAGACCUAAAGACAAUUGGAGGUGACAAUUGGAUAGUGUAUUUUAUUGGACCGUCUAAUGUCGCAGCAACAGUUUUUGAUCACGAAAAUGGCACUUAUGAAGCAAUUGCACUUCUUAUGGAAGCUGGAACUUAUACUGUUCAGGCUUAUCUUGAAUACAGUCUUUGUGAUGGGCUGCGGGACCCACCAAGCAACUGGUUUAUAUUAGGAAACGGUCAAGGCCGAAAUCAACGCAGUGGUAUAAUUGGGGACGUAACUCAACAUAUUCAUGAAAGUCUUGAGGCUGCAGAUAAUAUUGAGUUCAAAGUACACUCUAAAAAAUGCACAACAAGACAAGCAGGCAGUCUAAUAAAUGAAACAAAAUGCAAAAAGACUUGUCAAUGUCUUAAUGAGAACUUUGGACGAUGGAAAAACAAUACGUGGCAACCAUUUUACUCAGAUGAAUGGAAUAUCAAUUUGGAAGUUUCUAAAACACGACCAAAAAAAGUCAACAAAGGAUACCUGUUUAUAUAUGGAGAUUCUGUUUCUUUCCGCUUUUGGGGUUCUAUUAAACGAAAAGAUGUUUGUAGGUCUUCAUUCAAAGCUUGCAGAGUUUUUCGCCAAUGGAUAUAUCCUAUUGGAAACACUGAGUUUUUAAAAAUGGACGACUACGACUUUCGUCCCAACAUUGUCAUAUAUUACAUAAAAAAGGUUCUAGGAAGUGAACUAAUAAAAAGAAAGGAAAACGUGUUUAUGUUAAACUUUGGACUUCAUUACGUACGAAGUGUUAAUUUUACGACAUUUAAAAAGCUUGUUGAUGAUGUAAUAGUUGUGUUGCAGAACCGUACAAAGGAGCUCAAAACCAAUGCAACAUUUGUUUGGAAAACUACAACAGCAAUCCGUCAAGGACUUAGACACAACACUGCCUGGAGGUUUUACACACAACAGAUGAAUGGAAUAUCAAUUUGGAAGUUUCUAAAACACGACCAAAAAAAGUCAACAAAGGAUACCUGUUUAUAUAUGGAGAUUCUGUUUCUUUCCGCUUUUGGGGUUCUAUUAAACGAAAAGAUGUUUGUAGGUCUUCAUUCAAAGCUUGCAGAGUUUUUCGCCAAUGGAUAUAUCCUAUUGGAAACACUGAGUUUUAAAAUGGACGACUACGACUUUCGUCCCAACAUUGUCAUAUAUUACAUAAAAAAGGUUCUAGGAAGUGAACUAAUAAAAAGAAAGGAAAACGUGUUUAUGUUAAACUUUGGACUUCAUUACGUACGAAGUGUUAAUUUUACGACAUUUAAAAAGCUUGUUGAUGAUGUAAUAGUUGUGUUGCAGAACCGUACAAAGGAGCUCAAAACCAAUGCAACAUUUGUUUGGAAAACUACAACAGCAAUCCGUCAAGGACUUAGACACAACACUGCCUGGAGGUUUUACACACAACAGAGAUUAACGCUUUUCGACGCGUACGCCAUGUCAGAAAUGUGUAAAGCUGGUUUCUACGUAGCUGACGUGUUUCCACUGAGUGCAUCAUAUUUACCUGGACCAUUUGAUUCUACUCAUUACCGUGACAAUGUGUUUGAGUCGUUGGGAAGAGAUUUAGAGCUUUUUUCGAUUGCUGGUUUGGAUUAUCAACCAACAAGGGUGUGCAUUGAAUAAGACUUUCUCACAAGUACAGACAAUCAAACGUAUUUUUCUUAAAUUUAUACAUGUUCUAUCUUACAACUAAUACUAGUGCUUAUUAAAAUGUAUCAAUUGAUACCGUGCAAGUGCACAUAUCUUUUUGAUUAAUACAAAAUAACUAGUGCAAAAA